AUGGGUUGUGAGACGUCCGGAGGGACCACUGGGGGAGGGGAGGGCAGACUGUCUGAGGCGUCCAUCAAGGUGUCACCAGAGGGCAGGGGGUCAGAGGGCGUCUCUAUACCCUGGCGAGGUGGAAGGGGUGUCUGCAGAGCCGGCGAGGAGAUGGAGGUUGAAGGGAAGGGCUCCACCUCGAGGGACGUGUCCGCACCAGGAAGCAGGGAAGGCGGUGGAGGAGGAAUCAAGGCAGGGGCCCAAGGGCGGAGUCUGGACGAACAUGGUAACUCUGAAUACACUCUAGCUAAGAAGCGCUACACUGCUGAAGGAGGAUACGAGUGCCAGAACUUAACUGCUCGCGCAGGAAAAACUACUAUAUCGUCACCUCCAAGAAAAUCACUGUCUCCUGUGGAUGAGAUUAUGUCUCUACGGAGAGCUCUUCUUAAUUGGGCGCGGGAGCGUGAACGUCGAGCAGUAUAUAACGCCGCCGCCGCCGUGUGUCGGCCACUCCGCUCCUCCGACUCCUCCCAGGACACCGAGCCGCCAGCAACACACCACUCCUCCAACAUGCAGCAGACCAGCGUAGUUCUCGCAGUCGCCGUAGGACUGCUGGUGGCGCAAGCGUUGGCUGGAGACAUCGGCUAUGCAGGAUACGACGGCGGCUACGGUGGCUACAACGCGCCUAAGGACUACCAGUUCGAGUACGGCGUGACGGACCCGCACUCUGGCGACGUGAAGGAGCAGCGCGAAGUGAGCAAAGGGGGCGAAGUGGUGGGCACCUACAGCCUGGUCGAACCUGACGGCACGCUCAGGACCGUCCACUACACCGCCGACCCCUACAACGGCUUCAAGGCCGUCGUGGAGCGAGCGGGCGAGACCACCUACCACGGACACGGACCCCACUAAGGGAGCUGCUCAACAACUGACUGGCAUCAUACCACCACCCACCGCCUCAACAGUACAUCACAACAUCACAGCAGCGUCCACAAACAUCAAAACUCUCUGUAACAUCACUUUCUUGAGCGGAACCUGUGUUGCUACUAACACCUAUGCCUGAAUAAAUUUUUCUCAGCAAAAAAA